AUGACCACUCCGGACUUUGACGACAGUCUUGUCGAGAGGCUUUUCCCUGCUCCCACUUUCGCCUCCGCAUUUACGAGUCCAUCUGCACCGACUCCUAAUGCGGGAGUCACUCCCGAGUCUACGGCUACGCUGAGGCGCUUGCUGAUCGAGAACCACAAAGGUUCCACAUAUUCUUCAACGAUAGGGGUACCAACGCUUGUCAUACAAGUCCCGGGGCCUAUCACGCACGAGAACUGGAAGAAUCAUCUGGGCAACGAUGACUACUACAAUGCGUACAUGAACUUCUUCUCAGAGGAGAUUCAGAAACAUGGGCUAUCACAGACGUUCGAAAAGUUUAUCUUUAGCCACGAGGCCAACUGGGCUAAAGACGAGGCUCGGAUGCUGGACCGGUUUAUGUCUGGGCUGUUGCAUCCGUUGAUACAUUUUGGGCAUGCGGCGGAGUUUGGAGUGGAAGGGAUGGCGGUGGAAGGAUUGGCUCAAGCUGCAGUCAACAGAGUCGAUCAUGAGAACUUUUAUGACGCUUGUUACUUCAACUCGUCUAAUUCUGAUGGAGGCUACACUUCUUCUCUUACUCCGCCACUAUCCUCCAUAUCUUCCAAUACGAAACCCCAGCAUACUCAUGCAUUCACAAUCCUUGAGCGCAUUCUGAAGGACGGCCGUCUCGCAGUCGGAAAGGCAUGCGCACAGGAUAGUCAAGACCAAAUUACCGAUAUAUUGAAUAAUGAAGGAAAAGUUAUUCAAGAAUAUGCAUCUAUGUGGAAGACAAGUGAGGAUGAGAAGGAGAUACAAGAACGAGUGGAAGAGUUGGCUUGGCUGGUAGCCUUGAUGUUCGGGAUAGGAGGAUGGAAAAAUGAUCGCCAAUUCAAGGCAGACUUCUACUUGGUCCAUCUGGUGACAUCGAACUUGUUUAUUCCCUCAAUUUUAUCACUUCUGAGGCCUGCUCACAGGGUUGAACUUCUGCGCGCAUACUUCCUGGCCAUUCUUGGGUGGUUUGUGUCCCGUGGCCGUCCUGCCCUCGAUGUCAAGGGCUUCUUCUCCUCCGUAACCGUGGACUCGAAGCCUGAACACUCCGAAUCUCUGACCGAUUCCUCUGAACCAGUCGGGAACCCGUGGUACACCCUCUUGACACACACCGUUCCCCAUCGAGAUGAACAUCACGUCAAAGCAGAGCGGGCGCUUGCUCACUCUGCUGCACUGUACGGGACCCGUGCAAAAGGCCACUUCUCGCACACGGAGCUGAAAGGUGCGGAGGAAAUCAACGGGACGCUAUUCAUCCGGACCGGAGGGCUACUUAUGGGUGCGCUCAAAUGGACAUAUAGGGUAAAAAAGUAA